AUGUCAGAUAAGUUGAAUAGUACAAGUUCUCAAACAAACCCUCAGGGUAGUACAGACUUGCCGCCAGCUCCAAUUGAGAGUGCUUCUGCUUCCACACUAGCAUCUACCUCGACUACUACACAGUCAUUUUUAAGUCCCGCAAAAAGCAAUAGUAGAACUACAAGUACAUCAGAUUCCGCCAACUUGCUAGAAACCGAUUCCAAAAUCAAAUCUAUUCUCAAUAGCGAUUCAGCACUUGACUUGCUACUGGAUAGGUUAAAGCAAAGUCUUUCCACUGGUGAAGAGUUUAGUAAAUUCAUCAAGAAAAAGGCCCAAAUCGAAGAUGACCACUACAACCAAUUGAAGAAAUUUGCCAGCAAUAUCAGAUCACAAAUGAAAAAUAACAGUAGGAACUUGAAGAGCGAUUCUCUUCAGUUCCAAAUGGAUCGCAUCAUUGAGUUUGACGAAACAUUGUACGGCGUCGGACUGAGCUACGUAACUGCAUUAAACACGAUGUACGACGAGUUAACCUCCUUGAUAAAUACAAUCACGCGAUCCAGAAAGACCAUUAAGGACGAGUACAAGAAAAAGGAUCGAGAAUGUAUGGAUGCAAUCUCGGCAGCAGACAAGGCAAGGUCCAGAUACAAUCACUUUUGCGAGGAAUUGGACAGACUCAAAGGCGCCGAUCCUUCGAAAAAAUCAUUUGGUCGUAAAACCGUUAGCGAACAAGAAGACGGCCUUCAAAGGAAGAUAGACUCUGCAGAUCUGGAAUACAAAUCCCGGGUGGCAACUUGUAAAAAGUUGAAGGAUGAGAUUUUGGUUAUCCACCGUCCAAAUAACGCCAAAAAGCUCAAGAAUUUGAUCUUGGAGAUGGACAUUGCAUUGAAUGUGCAACUUCAAAAAUAUGCAACUUGGUGCGAGAAUUUAAUCAUGAACUCGGGUGUUAUGAUAAGUCCCUUGCAGUCGACAAAGACCUCGAUGAAAACAAUGGCAAGUUCUAUCGAUAACGAAAAAGAUUUGUACCAUUUCUUGCUCAAGAGCGGCAGCCAGAGUCACAACAAGUCUCUUGUUCCCGUUGAUUACCAAGUACAUCCAUCUUUGGUGAAAACAAGCAACAUUGGGAAGCCAUUUUUAAAUAAUAACAACGGUGGUGGCAACAACAACAACAACAACAACAACAACAACAAUAGUAAUACUAGUAGUAACAUCUAUGGUAACCACAAUAUGAACGGAAGUACCUCGAGGAUGGAUAACAGUGCUAGCAGCAUCAAGGCAGCAGUUACAGGAAAUACUGCAGGUAACCAAUGGAGUCACAAUAGAGCUCCAUCGAGUGGAUUCUUGAAUACUACUUCAUCACCGCCCGCGGCAGGAACAGGAACAGCAUUAUCACCAUCGUUAUCAUCACAAUCACAACAAGCGAAUAGCACUUCGGCUCCAUAUUCGGGUAGCUUGAUACCUAAAUCUGGCCCAAACCAGGAGUCUUCUAUUCGUACAAAGAAUGAUUUUUUGUCCUCCUCUGCAAAUCCCCAGAAUGAAGCUGCGCCGAAGGGGUAUCUGUCCCUUGACCCCGCUAGUCAACCAUCGACACCCAAUCUCAAUGGCCCCAAGCCACUUAAUGCAGUGAAAAUCAACAAGCAGCCUACAUUUGGUGUAUCUAUUGAGGAAGUUAUCACUUUUGCUGGAGUCGAUAAUGUUCCGCUUGUGGUUCGUAAGUGUAUUGAAGUUAUUGAAACAUAUGGUAUCGACUUGGUUGGUAUUUAUCGAACAAGCUCGAAUUUCAACCAAGUAAAGAAACUUGGAGAUGCCAUUGACCAGAAUUUUACCAAUUAUUUACAAAUAGGUAAAAAUAUCGACCCCGGUAACGUCCUUGAUUCAGACAUUUUCUGCAUUGCAUCGUUACUCAAGCGUUAUUUUUUAAACUUGCCAGAACCGCUUGUGACCAACGCAGAGUCCCAGUCUUUUAUCGAGACAGUCAAACUGAAUGACGAGCACCACAUUGCCAAGAAGUUGCAUCACUUGGUUUAUAAUUUACCCGAUGGAGCCUAUUUCACAUUAAGAGCUCUAAUAUUCCACUUGAACAAAAUAGCCGCACAUGAGGCACAAAACAGAAUGAAUGCAAAAUCUUUGGCAAUCAUUUGGGGACCAGUCAUAUUCAAUGAUGCAGCAAGCACUGCACAGGACUUGAGCUACAAGAGUAAGGUUGUUGAAAAGUUAAUGUCCAUUGCUACAGAUAUCUUUGAAGAGGAUGAAUAA